CUGCACCCAGUAAGUAGUGACACACAGGCGCUCAUUCCAUCCUACUACAGCUCCCAGUGUGUCUCAUGUAAGCGCUAAAUCGCUGGGACACAGCACUGACCCGUCGCGGAUGAAGCUGCUUCUCAGUUCCUUUGCGCUUUCCCGCAGUCAGAGGAAGAUAACGCUGCCCUACAACCUGCGCCUAUAGAAACUGCGGACAAAUCGCUGCAGGAAAAAUCCUUUUUUUUGGCUGUAACAUUUCUCUGCCAUAGCGUUCAGUUGCUUGUCGCUGCUCAAUCGCGCGAUUCUUAUUUGCGGCAGGAAUGGGAAUAAGGAGCGAGAGAAGGCGCAGCGUAUGGAUGCUGCUGCUGCUGCUGUUGGGACUUGCGACUCUGAUAUGUUCGGCCGAGGGGGGAUGCCGGGAAGCUGGAAAGUGCUGCCAGGGCAGAGACAUGAACUGUACCAGCCAGGGCUGGAGGAUGGAUCGGGUCUAUGGCACCUGCUUCUGCGAUCAGACCUGCCGACUUACUGGCGACUGCUGCUCUGACUACUCCCAGGCCUGCCCAGCUCGUGCCUGUGUUGUGGGUGAAUGGAGUCACUGGAGUGGCUGCGCGGAUCCCUGUACACCAGCAAUACGGGUACGUAGACGACAAGUGGUACAGGAGCCAGAAAAUGGGGGAGAUCCCUGUCCAUCGCUGGAAGAAAAGGCUGGAUGUCUUGAGUACCUUACGUCCCAGGGCACAGAAUGUGCACAGUCCCAUGUGACUGCUUUCAUCACCACCUUUGAAUACAACAAAUCGAGACGAAGAAGGGCCUUGUCUCCGAACUGGGCCAGCCAAAAGGAAGAUCCAGGUUACUGCGUGGAGUUUCAGGUGAAAUCUUUGUCUCAGUUUUGCCUGAUAGAAAGUCGCCCGCAUGCACGCUGGAUGCAGUACUUGCGGGAAGGAUACACUGUAUGUGUGGCAUGUCAGCAUCCAGCUAUGAAUAACAGGAACCAUCGUUGCUAUGGAGACGGCCGGAAAGCUAAUCGACUUCUUCAUUGGAAGGCAGUGGGAAAUCCUCAGUGUCAAGGAACUUGGAAGAAGGUGAAAGAAGUUGAGAGCUGUUCAUGUCCGUUGGUCCAUAGUUUUAUAUUUACAUGAUGCUUCCUAAAAACGGUCUACAAGCACAAUGUACAUAUUCCUGGGGGGGACGAUAUUGGCAUCAUGAACUGAAUUAAUGGUGAACUACCGUAAGCAAGCACUGGAGGGAUGGCCAAAGGGAGUCCUGAAAACCCAGCAAUGAGUUUUGCAUCACUAAUUAUGUGUGUGGCAUGGCAUAAACUUUUAGUACCCCUAAGGUUUCAUUUACAGGCAGAGAAGUAUUAGAUUAGGAUAAAGUUGCCUUUCCUGUACAUGUGAGUUAUGGGAGCCUAGCAGAGAUUAUAAUGUAUUUAUUGAAUACUAUCUGAAUACAUAUGUAUUUUGUACUAUUUACUAUUUUUGAUUUCACAUAUAACUUCAGCUUCUCAAUGAUAUGAAAACAUAAUGCAGGUAUGGGAUCCGUUAUCUGGAAACACAUUAUCCAGAAAGCUCUGAAUUAUGGAAAGGCCAUCACCCAUAGACUUCAUUUUAUCCAAGCAGUACCAUGUACAUGAUCCAAACUAAGAUAUAAUGAAUCCUUAUCUGAAGCAGAACCAGCCUAUUGGGUUUAUUUAAUGUUUACAUGGUUUUCUAGUAGACUUAAGGCAUGAAGAUCCAAUUUAUGGAAAGAUCAGUUAUCCGGAAAGCUCCAUGUCGCGAGCAUUCUGGAUAACCGGUCUCAUACCUGUAUAUAUGGAAAAGGAUAUUAUAUAUUAUAUACAAACUCAUGUAACUAUAUUUUAUAUCCGUUUGUGUUUGUCUUUUAUUCAAAAUGUGGAGCACAAUUAUAUGAGCAAUUUCAUAAAAGUAAUAAAAUAAUCCAACUUUUUCAUAAAAGACUCACUUGGAAUAUAACUAUUGUCAAGCACACGUUUCUUUUUACCUUCAUUGCCCCCACACACCAUAUCCCUUGUCUUAGCUUAGAAAAUGGGGCUGGACUCGGUGGCCACUCGUACUUCAGUAGAUCUCUAAGUGAGAAACAAUGAUCUGGAGUCUUCAUCAAUGAGAACAUUAAUAUGAAGCUUUAUUGUCUUCUACUGUAAAUGUGUACUUGUCAAAAGGCAUGGAUUGCAAUUUCCCCUGGAUAUAUUACCAGUCUUACAGCUACAAUGGCAAAGGUCUGCACAGUUGGAAUUGUUGCAAAUGAAGGAUUCUUUAAGAAAUAGAAAAGUUAUGUGAAAUAAAGAAAAAUGUAUGACUAUAAAAGGUAUGGAAUAUGACUUCUGUAAUGCUAUCUUGGGGAAUAAAAUAUCUCUAAAAAAUAUA